GGCGGUGAUGAAGAACCCGGCCGAGAGGACCCCCCAGCUGCAAACUACAGAGACGUGUGUCAGAUGUCUCCACCCAGGGAAGCCCACUGGCGUUUGGAAUCACGAGUUCUAAAGAGGGUCGAUCGAGCAGCUACAAACCAGGCACCAGGUGCCCGUUACAAACCUUCCUGCUGUCAAGUUGGAGAACUGCUAUUACAGUUCCUCAUUCUGUGAACAAGAUGCAGUAAGACCCAGACUUACCAGGAUCUGGAAAUAGUGUAUUCCUAUUUACAUGGUAUGGAAGCCUUAUCCAACCUGAGGGAGCAUCAGCUCAGGUUAAUGUGUGAAACUGUGAGAUAUGAAAGACAUGAAGCCAAUGAAGUUUUAUACUAUCCUGAUGAUAUUGGGACCUGCUGGUACAUCCUUCUCUCUGGUUCCGUGUUCAUCAAGGAAUCCAUGUUUCUGCCACGAAGCAGUUUUGGCAAGCGUUCUGCAGGAAGCUUUAGGCGUGGCUGUGAAUGCAUUGUGUUAGAGCCUUCUGAAAUGAUUGUGGUAGACUAUAUGGAUGAAAAUGAAGAAUAUUUUCAGCGUCAAGCUUCUCAUCGACAGUCGCGAAGGAGAUUUAGAAAAAUCAACCAGAAAGGGGAAAGACAAACGAUUAUUGACACUGUGGAUCCGUAUCCUGUGGGCAAACCACCUUUGCCUAGAGGCUAUCAUACGGAAUGCACUAAAUCUCAGCUUCCCGCAGACUUCACAAAGCUACACCUCACCGACAGCCUCCACCCGCAGGUGACUCACGUCUCGACCAGCCACUCAGGAUGCAGCAUCACCAGCGACUCUGGAAGCAGCAGUCUUUCUGAUAUCUACCAGGCCACAGAAAGCGAGGCUGGUGAGAUGGACCUGAGUGGGUUACCGGAGACAGCGGUGGACUCCGAAGACGACGACGACGAAGAGGACAUCGAGAGAGCCUCGGACCCUCUGAUGAGCAGGGACGUCGUGCGGGACUGCCUGGAGAAGGACCCCAUCGACAGGACAGACGAUGACAUCGAACAACUCCUUGAGUUCAUGCACCAGCUGCCGGCUUUUGCCAACAUGACGAUGUCGGUGAGGCGGGAGCUCUGCGCUGUGAUGGUGUUUGCGGUGGUGGAAAGAGCCGGGACCAUCGUGUUAAACAACGGUGAAGAGCUGGACUCCUGGUCAGUGAUUCUGAAUGGUUCUGUGGAAGUGACUUACCCAGAUGGAAAAGCGGAAAUACUGUGUAUGGGAAAUAGCUUCGGUGUCUCUCCUACUAUGGACAAGGAGUACAUGAAAGGAGUGAUGAGGACGAAGGCGGAUGACUGCCAGUUUGUCUGCAUAGCCCAGCAAGAUUACUGCCGUAUCCUCAACCAAGUAGAAAAGAACAUGCAGAAAGUUGAAGAGGAGGGAGAGAUCGUCAUGGUGAAGGAGCACCGGGAGCUCGAUCGCACGGGAACAAGGAAAGGGCACAUCGUCAUCAAGGGCACCUCAGAAAGACUAACGAUGCAUUUGGUGGAAGAGCAUUCGGUGGUGGAUCCGACGUUCAUAGAGGACUUCCUGUUGACCUAUAGGACUUUCCUCUGUAGCCCGAUGGAAGUGGGCAAAAAGUUGUUGGAGUGGUUUAAUGACCCGAGCCUCAGGGAUAAGGUUACACGGGUAGUAUUAUUGUGGGUGAAUAAUCACUUCAAUGACUUUGAAGGGGAUCCUGCGAUGACUCGAUUUCUGGAAGAAUUUGAAAAUAAUCUGGAAAGAGAGAAAAUGGGUGGACAUCUAAGGCUGUUAAAUAUUGCUUGUGCUGCUAAAGCAAAAAGAAGGUUGAUGACGCUCACAAAACCAUCCCGAGAAGCUCCCUUGCCUUUCAUCUUACUUGGAGGCUCAGAGAAAGGAUUUGGAAUCUUUGUUGACAGUGUAGAUUCAGGUAGCAAAGCAACCGAGGCAGGCUUGAAACGAGGGGACCAGAUAUUAGAAGUAAAUGGUCAGAACUUUGAAAAUAUUCAGCUGUCAAAAGCCAUGGAAAUUCUUAGAAAUAACACACACUUAUCUAUCACUGUGAAAACCAAUUUAUUUGUAUUUAAAGAACUUCUAACAAGAUUGUCAGAAGAGAAGAGAAAUGGUGCCCCUCACCUCCCUAAAAUUGGAGACAUCAAAAAGGCCAGUCGCUACUCCAUUCCAGACCUCGCUGUAGACGUAGAACAGGUGAUAGGACUUGAAAAAGUAAAUAAGAAAAGUAAAGCCAACACUGUUGGGGGAAGGAACAAGCUAAAAAAGAUACUGGACAAGACUCGGAUUAGUAUCUUGCCACAAAAACCGUAUAACGACAUCGGGAUCGGUCAGUCUCAGGAUGACAGCAUAGUCGGCUUAAGGCAGACCAAGCACAUUCCCGCCGCGCUGCCCGUCAGUGGAACCUUAUCGUCCAGUAACCCUGACUUGCUGCAGUCCCAUCAUCGCAUCUUAGACUUCAGCGCCACUCCUGACUUGCCGGAUCAAGUGCUAAGGGUUUUCAAGGCUGACCAGCAAAGCCGAUACAUCAUGAUCAGUAAGGACACCACGGCGAGGGAAGUGGUCAUUCAGGCCAUCCGGGAGUUUGCUGUGACCACCACCCCGGAUCAGUACUCACUCUGUGAGGUCUCUGUCACACCAGAGGGAGUGAUCAAACAAAGAAGACUUCCGGAUCAGCUCUCCAAACUGGCCGACAGAAUACAGCUGAGUGGAAGGUAUUACUUGAAGAACAACAUGGAGACAGAGACCCUGUGUUCGGAUGAGGAGGCUCAGGAGCUGCUGCGGGAGAGUCAGAUCUCCCUGCUGCAGCUCAGCACCGUAGAGGUGGCCACGCAGCUCUCCAUGCGCAACUUUGAGCUCUUCCGCAACAUCGAACCCACCGAGUACAUAGAUGACCUGUUCAAGCUCAAGUCGCGAGCCAGCUGCGCCAACCUGAAGAGGUUCGAGGACGUCAUCAACCAGGAGACGUUUUGGGUGGCCUCUGAGACCCUGCGGGAGGCGAACCAGCUGAAGAGGGUGAAGACCAUUAAGCAUUUCAUCAAGGUCGCCCUGCACUGCAGGGAGUGCAAGAACUUUAACUCCAUGUUUGCGAUCGUCAGCGGCCUGAACCUGGCACCGGUGGCAAGACUGCGAACCACCUGGGAAAAACUUCCCAAUAAAUACGAAAAGCUGUUUCAGGACCUCCAAGACCUGUUCGACCCUUCCAGAAACAUGGCGAAGUACCGCAACGUCCUCAACAGCCAAAACCUGCAGCCUCCCAUCAUCCCCCUGUUCCCGGUGAUCAAGAAGGACCUCACGUUCCUUCACGAGGGGAACGACUCCAAAGUCGACGGGCUGGUCAAUUUUGAGAAGCUAAGAAUGAUUGCAAAAGAAAUUCGUCACGUUGGCCGAAUGGCCUCUGUGAACAUGGACCCUGCCCUCAUGUUCAGGACUCGGAAGAAGAAGUGGAGGAGUCUGGGGUCUCUCAGCCAGGGUAGUACAAACGCAACAGUGCUAGACGUUGCUCAGACAGGUGGUCACAAAAAGCGGGUGCGUCGUAGCUCCUUUCUCAAUGCCAAAAAGCUUUACGAGGACGCGCAAAUGGCUCGAAAGGUGAAGCAGUACCUGUCCCAUCUGGAGCUGGAGAUGGACGAGGAGAGCCUUCAGACGCUGUCCCUGCAGUGCGAGCCGGCCAGCAACACGUUGCCCAAGAAUCCCGGUGACAGAAAGCCUGUCAAGGCCGACACCUCCCCGGUGGCCCCGAGGGCAGGGCUGCAGCCGAAGCCGCCGCCGCAGGCUCCGCAGCCGUCACAGAGGCCCGGCCCGGGGCUGCAGCUUCCCGCCGUGCCCCUCUAUCCUUCGCGGAAGAAGGUGCCCCUACGGGAUCUCCCGCCUUUCGGUAUAAACUCUCCACAGGCUUUAAAGAAGAUCCUUGCUCUGUCUGAAGAGGGGAGCCUGGAGCGUCCCAAGAGGCCGGCGGAAGACACGGUAUCGAAUGCGUCCUCGCAGCUCUCCUCCCCGCCCACCUCCCCGCAGAGCUCGCCCCGGAAAGGCUACGCUUUGGCUCCGAGCGGCACCGUGGAUAACUUCUCAGAUUCCGGCCACAGCGAAAUCUCCUCGCGGUCCAGCAUCGUCAGCAACUCCUCCUUCGACUCGCUGCCCGUCUCGCUGCCCGACGAACGGCGCCAGAGGCCACCGGCCGGCACCGCGGAGAGCAGCCUGGCCGCGGGCCGGCUGGAGAGGCGGCCGGCGGCGGAGCCCGAGCAGUGCAGCCUGGGGUCCUGCGCACCGCUGUCGGAGAGCCGGGGCCUGUACGCUGCAGCUACAGUGAUCUCUUCUCCUAGCACAGAGGAGCUUUCCCAAGACCAGGGGGACCGAGCCUCACUUGACGCCGCUGACAGUGGCCGAGGGAGCUGGACGUCGUGCUCCAGUGGCUCCCAUGAUAACAUCCAGACCAUCCAGCACCAGAGGAGCUGGGAGACGCUGCCCUUCGGGCACACUCACUUUGAUUAUUCAGGGGACGCCGCAGGGUUAUGGGCCUCAAGCAGCCACGUGGACCAAAUCAUGUUUUCCGACCACAGCACGAAGUAUAACAGGCAGAGUCAAAGCCGAGAGAGUCUCGAUCAAGCGCAGUCCCGGGCGAGCUGGGCCUCCUCCACGGGGUACUGGGGAGAAGACUCGGAGGGGGACACAGGCACAAUCAAGCGAAGGGGGGGGAAGGACGUUUCCCUCGAAGCUGAAAGCAGCAGCCUGAUGUCUGCGCCCGCCGAAGAAGCCAAGCCCAUCGCCGUGGCUGCCCACGUGGCCGUGCCGCCCAGCGCCGCCAAGGGGCUUAUGGCGAGGAAGGAGGGCCGCUACCGGGAGCCGCCGCCCACCCCGCCGGGAUACGUGGGCAUCCCCAUCACCGACUUCCCCGACGCCCACCCGCACCCCGCCCGGAAGCCGCCGGACUACACCGUGGCGCUGCAGCGCUCCAGGAUGCUGGCCCGGCCGGCCGAGACCCCCGCCCCGGGCGGCGCCAGGCCCGCCCCGCGGCCGCAGUGGCACCGGCCCGGCGACGACCCGCGCCCCGGCCCCUGCGCGCCCCCGGGCCUUGCCGCCGAGGACGACGAAGAUGAACAAGUGUCUGCGGUUUGAGGCACGGGCUUCUCUGUACCCGUGUCGGCCACCCACAGGAGAGCACAAGAAGACGUCCCCUAGCGUCAGAGCCUUGGGACUCACUCUGAGGAUGGUGGACCAGUUUGCCUCCUUCCCUGCCUUAAAAGCAGCAUGGGGCUCCUUCCCCCCUUCUCCCUGUCCCCUUUGCAUGUGAAAUACUGUGAAGAAACCGCCCUGGCACUUUCCCGCCUCGUUGCUCGAAUGCACGGCGCCGCGUCUCCACGCUCCUGUGGCCGCGUGCCACGUCACACAGCGUCAUUCCAGACCCCAAGCUCGUCAUCGCCACCCAGGACGCACUCUGGCUGCACUUCUCCACGCCCGGAAGGAGUUUUUAAAAAAUCUUCCCGUUAGGUUUCAAUCCAGUCCUAGCACUUGGUUUCAUUGGAAUCGUGAGAAAAGCCAGCCAGGCAUCUACUUGGGGUCUUUAACCCACCAAGGAAGACAAAGGAAAACAAUGAAAUCCUUUGAGUACAGUGCUCGUCUGCUUGUUUACAGCGCCCUCCUCCGUUUUUGGGGUUUUUUUUUUUUCUUUUCUUUUAAAUGAGUUAAAUGAUUGUGUUCAGAGAGUAAAUAUUAUAUCCAUUUAAUGAUUUUACAGUAUUAUUUUGAACCUUUAAGUAGGGUUGCCAGCCGGGGUUUCUCAAAAACCAAAUACGCCGGACAGGGUGUGGCCACACCAGGGAGAGGGGAGGCCGGCCCACGGCCCCGCUUCCUGGGUCCCGGCCGUGCCCGGAAGUGCCCUGUCCUGGAAGCGGGGGAUGUUAGCCAAUUACCUGGAUCCCAAGGCCCCGGGCCCUCCUUCCCCCGGGGCUGGGGCUCUCCACUGUUUGCACAUGGCC